AUGGCAGGUCCAAAACAGUCUUUCUCAUUGCCAGCAAAGAAGCCGAAAUCAAAAGCAGCGAAGCCCCCAACAGCAACCAAACCCUCACUGAGUUCUGAAUUCGUUGUGGACUCAGAGGACUCUGGAGAUACGGAGACCGCAAGACCGGAAGCACCAAAGCCCUCAACCUCGCAAGCAAAGCCAUCGAAGAAACGGAAAUCACUAAGCCGGAGUCCUGCGAAAGAUGACUCGAGCGGUAGUGGAAGUGGGAACGACAGCAGUAGUCAAUACGAGAAGAAGUCCUCCAAGAAAAGCAUUUUGGCAGCUCGAAAUGGAAGCCCAACAGCCAAGCCGAAACCGGCCAUGGCUCGCCCUGUCUUUGCAAAGCCUUCCAGCAAAGCCUUCACUAGUGUCAAGCCAUUGGAUCAAAAGAAAGAUCGUGAAUUGGGCGCUACGGGAAAUGAGUCAAAGAGUGAGGCCGGAGGAAGCAGCGCAGAUAGUAGCAGUGUGAGCGAAAGCGGUAGCGAAAGCGAGUCUGGAAGCAGUGACAAGACCUCUGUACAGAGUCCUAGAAAGAAAAGUCCUGUUCAAAAAAGCAUACCUCAGCAAACCAUACCAAUUUAUGAGCCACCUGCUGGCUUUGAGUCUACCUCGAUAUCAUUUCAUGCAGCGUCCAAACUCUCGGAGAUACUUGCACCAUCAAAUUUACAAGGAAAGCAGAUAUGGCACAUCACCGCCCCAGAAUCGGUUCCGAUUUCUUUAGUCAAAGAAGUCUCGACAAAGAACAUCGGAAACGGUGCUUGUGUACUAGAGUACCACGGCGCAAAGUAUGGGCUGAUCCCAGAAUCGGACGCCGAACAAGCCAGCAGCCGAGCGUUGCUCUUGCCUUCCACCCAGACGAAUGAUUACCGACCCUCAAAGACUACUGUCAUUAAAACACUGCAUUUGCAGCAACUUGUGAGCCUCCCAAGUCAUGCACUGGGAUCGACAGUCCACCAAGAUCGCUCGGCAUCAGCGUCGGAAUCUUACAGAAAGACGCCACGCCAACAGCCAGAAGGCUUGAGAAUACGGUACCGUCCAUUUGGCGUCUCUGAUGACUCCGACAUGGAAUCUACAUUCGAGCCUAUGCUGAAAGCGCCGGAGUUCCGCACCCCUGCUCCAUUGAAUGAAAGCUCGCCUGGAAAGAAGAGGAAGCGGCCCGAAUCUAACGACGGUAGCAGCAACACGUUCUCUGCUGUGGAACCAAAGAAGCGAAAUCAAAGCCCCCAGAUUACUACUGGAGUCAUAAAGGACACAAUGGAAAUCGACGCCACUCCAGAUAAGGGGUCAAACGGAGCAGAGAGUCCAACUAGAAGCCCGCAACCAGAAAUCAGUGGCGUCAAAUUGAAUGGCAAAUUGCCCAACGGCACGGAGACGAAGAAUGAACGGAGAAGGCGAAGAGAAAAGAAGAAACUCGAGCAACAAGAAUUCCCCCCAAAGCCUGCAACUGCUCUGCCCCUUGACGUGAUACAAGCAGCUGAAACAAUUCAGCCAGGCGAAGUAGUAGAGGGCGCCCCGGCCAUCGCGAAUGCUGUAGAAGGCAAAACAAGCAUAAACGACAUCUCACCCCAAAAAGAGUCAAAGGAAGAGAAAGCAAAGCGCAGAGAGGAAAGACGGAGGCGAAAAGAAAUGGAGAGGGCGACUAGGGGUGCAUCGCUGAAUUCUGCAGAAUAUAUGUCUCAGCGCGACGUCGCUGACAGCCAGGACAAAAUGAUCCAAGAGAUAGAAAAUGCACAGCGCGACGCUUCGAUUCAGAUUUCAACGCCUAAAGACGGCUCUACUCAAAACCAAUCACGAACCGCGCACGAGUCUCAGAAUCCUACUCUGGAUUCGAACCAAACGUCGCAACGCAAAGAGACGAGAGAAGAGAGGGCGAAAAGGAAGGAGGAAAAAAGGAGACGGAAGAUGGAGAGUGGCAGCGCAUGA